AUGUUGAAAGCAGUGUCAGGUGUUGUUGUCUUCUUGGGUGCUGUUGUUGCAGUUUCCGGUAUUCAUAUUGACGCCACCCCUAGCAAUGUAGUUGUUGGAGUAACAAGAUAUCUCGAUGUGAAAUGUUCAAUAACAAGGGGAGACGACUCCAGCAUGGAGAGCCUCAUCUCUUUAAUCAUCUCGAGAUCAACAAACCCACAAGACACGAACUUCAAAGAGCUGGCGUCACUGACCAUGUUUACUCCAGAAGUUCAGAUCAAGGACAUAUCAGAGGUUAACAUUACAGCUUCUGGGAAAAUCGACAACAACGGAGAAUCAUACAUCAAACUUUUAUGGGAAUACCCAGACGCAACAAAAUCUGGUGUGUAUCAGUGCGAAGCUCAUGGCAUUGAUCAUACCGGACAUCCUGCUUAUGUCAACGUCACAACUUUGGUGUCCUCCACACAUCCCGAUGUGGAAACUCUAACCGGACAAAUCAAGACAUUGACAUCUUUAAUUGAACAACUUACAAAAAGACAGGACAAUCUGACUUUAGAUGAAACAAAUUUAAAAGGACGAGUCAACUCAUGGAACAGAAGGUUGGAGGUGGCCAGACAAAAUUUCUUUAAAAUAUCACCAGUCUUCAACGGAAGACGAUAUUUGCUUUCUAAAAAACAAAUUACAUUUGUGGUCGACGAUUUUGUCGGUGAAUGUAAUUUGUUUGGUGGCUAUUUGGCUGAAAUAGAUUCUGAAGCGGAAUACAACUUUAUCAUACAGCAUCUUCUUGCUACUGAUCGUAACUAUUAUUGUGCUCUGAUAGGAGCGACUGACGAGGGUCAUGAAAACAUUUGGAUAAACAAACACAGCAACACAACAGUUACUUUCUUUAAAUGGCCUCCGGGUGGUCCUGAUAGCGGAACUUUACAAAACUACAACACAAGUGAAAGGGAAGCCAUGGCCAGUCAACAACAACACCUCCACCUGAAGCCAACACAAACAACACCUCACCCGAAGCCAACACAACCAACACCUCCACCUGAAGCCAACACAACCUACACCUCCACCUGA